AUGAGCGACACCACCCAACAAGAAGAGAAGGCCUCGCGUUUCGCCGGCUGGAGAGACGAACUUAUGGGCACCAUCAAAGAGAGAAUGGGCCGUUUGAUGAAGAAGCAGGAGAUGGAGAGGGAUGGCAAGCUGAGGCGGGAGAAGGGCCAACGCGAAGUGGCGGCCGCCAAGGCCAAGAAGAGCGGAGACCACGUGGCCGACGUCACCGAAAGCGAAGGGUACAGGGGCGAGCGGGAGGUGCCCGUCCUCGACUCGCACCGCUAUUGA